GGAGUGGCCAGGUCGAGGCACUGUGGACGUCUGCGUGUAGUCUCCCGGCCCGUUGGGCGUGUUCGUAUGGAAAGGGGCGUUAACAUCCCUACACAAGUACCUCUACUUUCUGUGCCAUUCAUUUGAAGCGCAACAGCUCAUAUCGAGCACCGGCACAGAGGUAGGACCAGAACUGUGACAGACGGUCAGUUAUUCUGAGAGGACUGCAGAAGUUAGAGCCUGAGUCAGACCACCUGGUGAGCCCUCCAACUCGAAGCAUUCUCAGAGAGGGCAACUGGAGACCCCUUUGACGCAAGACGCGCACGGACAGCAGCGCACCCAUCGCACUUGGACCUGACGGUUCACCUACACCUCCCCGCAAAAUACCUGCAGCCUAACAUGGAGCGCAAAAUCCCUGACUUCGCUGGCACCUGGGAGAUGAAGAGUUCUGAGAACUUUGAGGAACUCUUGAAGAAGCUCAGUAAGUGAGACACAUCAUGAUUUGUAAAAAGGGAAAAAUAACUCACCGUGGCCUCCAGGCAGCUCGUCUGAUUUUUCUCGCGCUAGAGUGGUUUCUUAUAAAGCUUUUUUAUUUCCGUGUAAUGACACAGAUCACAUGUGUCAGCUCAAACUGUAGCUUUCUCAGCACAUUAUGGGUCAAAUCUUUCUCUGUGUCCAUGCACCAGCGAGGCUCACCCCCUGUCCCGCAAUAGUGGGGGGUCUUUGUCAUUCUGCAGAACCCAAAAUUCAGUGUUUGGCCCACCGCCAGCCUCACCCCUCUUCCUCUCAUCUCCCCCUUUGGCCUCCCAUGCUAACACAAUAGAGACAAACGGCGGCACAUCUGUCUGUGUCAGCCUCAGAGCGCGCGCGCGUGUGCGCUAAAGAGAACCGUUAUGGCACGGUACAGUGCCGGACAGUCACAUCUUUAUCUGAAGUGACAGUGCGAGAGAAAAAAAGAAACACCUGCUGCUGAGAUUCACACUCCUCUGGUGCAUUUGGAGUCUGGCUGGGCGUCAGAGUGUGCGUGUGCUGUGUUUGAAUGCGUACCCGUGCGUGUGCGCGUGUGGCCGUCUGUUAUAAGCAGCCAUUUCCCAUCAGAUACCAUCAUGUAUGCGCACUUGCAGAAAAGAGCGCCUGACCUCCUCUCUCUUUCAGGAAGACACACACACAGGGGGAAACAUUGAUAUAUUUAAAUAGAUGUCACGUGCCACUUAUGUUGUGAAGACAGGGACACAUCACCACUAAGAAUUACGGCAAGAUCCAACUUGUGUUUGGUGCGUUUCCAAAUCGGUUUCCUCCGCCUGAACCUGUCUCCCUGUGCGUUUCGUGCGUCAGGAUUUAACAGGGAUGGAGGGACGUUAAAGGAGGCACAGACGGCACAGCUUGAGGCCAGGGCAGCGUCCUUUGAAGACACUUAUGCAGCUUGAUUUGUUGGUAAAAGCCACCAAGGAAAACUCCCUCUCUCACACACACACAGACACGUAUAAGUGCAUGUGCUCCUCUAACCUACUGUUGCACUGGCAUGGCUGACAGACAGGAAUGGCCCCUGGUCUCACUGGGGGGCACAUCACAGCUGUAUGCAGCCUGUCAGCACCCAGCACCCUCCUCUGUCCCUUCAUCCGCUCCUCCUUUCCUCACUCCCUUAGUCCUCUCCCCUUUUCCCUCAUCUCUCUGUGUCCCAAAUGCUUCCUCUGCCCUCUGCUCUUUGACAUCUGACCCUGACCGUCUGUCCAUCUGUGUGUGUCUUCACAUGACCAGGUCGGUAUAAAUUCAAGCAUUUUGGUCACAGGUUCGCCAAAAGUCUGUUCAGGUAAUUUCUGACUUCUAAGAACUUGGGGUUAUUUGAGAAGCUUCGACCCCCUCCAUGGCUCCCAAAUGGUCCAGAGACCAGCACUUGACUCCUCACUGAGCCUGACUUGGAGACGCAGGGGUCAGUGAGUGUCUGCAGGUCCUUUUGUUGCCUGAAAUAAAUAAUUCUAGAGAGGACUUACUUUAAACAUGUAUCAUGGGUGUAAACACUCAUGAGAGAAUUCAUAUGUAAUAUUAAUUUGCAUUUUAGGGGAAAAUCUGUCCAAUAAAUGAUGGAUCCAUUUUGAACAUUUCUGCACAGUUUGUGGUGAGAUGAAAAAUGCUUUUGUUUAGUUUUACCUGCUUAAUUCCUUUGUGCAAAUUUGACACAGUAGCUUAAAUGGCAAAAACUGCAUAAAGAAGAGAAAAGUGAGACCAUGAUUGGAAAAAAUAUAAACCUACAAAGAGCAGAGGUGUUACCACUGUUCUUCAAAAUAUCCGAAAAUGGGUGGAAAACUGUCUGACAAAGAACUUUGGCUUCACUUGUCUGUGCCAACCCUGAAACUUAAUGAAGUGGUUUACUGUGAACCUGAGAGCAUGUGGUUACUCUCCACACCUGUCCAUGAAUAAAAGAAACUGAGACAUGACUCAGGUCGACUGCACACAUCAGUGACAUUGGUUUUGUCUAAAAAUUGAAGCUUGCAAAACACAACAAAAGACUAACGGCUGCCCCCAAAUGGUCAGAAUGUCUCCAUACCAAAUGCAGCUCACACGACACAGACUUAGACGAUGACAAUGCACCAUCACCGUACAGUUUGUGUGCAGCAGACAGUGCAUUUACAGUGUGCAGCCUGGACAUCCCAGUGUACACUGAAUGACUGUGCAUUUCUCAGUGUGUAUAUAUUUACCCUUGGUGACAGGUGGGAAUGUGUGAGAGGUGAGAAGUGCGAAACCUAACUCGGCAGCAGAUACCCACUGGCAGACGUACACACACUUCCCCUCACACUUGGACAGAGAUCUUCACACACCACGCAGACACAGACCACUGCUGCCCCUUGUCUGCCGAGUCUCCCCCCCACUCCCUUCCUCCCCUCCUUUCUGCUCCCACACAGCAGGUCUGCUUCCCUCUCUUUUCCCACACUGGAUCACCAGAUUUACCACAAGACACCGAGGAAGUAUGAGCGAGCUAUCUCUGUUUAGAAGAGCAGAAUAAAGCUGAUUACACUGUAGAAAUAAAUCACCCUGUGCGUGCGUGUGUGUGUGUGUGUGUGAGGGGAUGAUCAAGUGUGGGGGGAAUGCAGAUGUGCUGGGCAUGCUUUAUCAUAUGACCUCACUGUUUCCUCUGUCAUCAUUAUUGGGCAGAGCUGUGUGGCUCCUUUUACCCUGAGUGUGCAGGAGGAGGCUGUGAACAAACAGCAAAACCACACUUUGAAAACACACACGUUAAAAACUCACAACCCAAGGCUUGUGGGUUUGCAUAACUUAGCAAAAACUGGUUUAAUGGGCCCUGCCUCUGAGGACUGAAACCAAUUAAAUCAGCGCUGAAACUCAAAUAAAACUGGAUUUAUGUGAACUGAGGAGGUGAGAUUGAAGGUGUGUGUGGAAAAUCUUUCGAGGUUGCCGUUACGAUGCACAAAAACACUCCAGUUUUGUCAUGAUAUUCUUGUUUCUGUUUUUGUAGAUGUGAACGUGAUGCUGCGUAAGAUUGCUGUGAAGGCAGCGUCCAAACCUCUGGUGGAGAUAAAACAGGACGGAGAGACGCUCAACAUUAAGACGUCGACCACAGUCCGCACCACCAACAUCACCUUCACUGUGGGGCAGGAGUUCAACGAGGCUACGGUGGACGGGCAUCCCUGCACGGUACACAAAACUUAGAUUUAUGCUGACUCCUUUCUGUUUUCUCUGAGCGCACACAAAUACACACAAGCACCAGAAGAAACCGGCUCAUGCGGACUACAUCAAUGUGUUUGAUUUGGCUGUCAUCAUAUUUGGUCUGAUAGCAUAUCUUGACCCCUCCCUCUGUCUCUGAAGGCCUAUCAUGCUACAUUUCGUCCUUCACACUCUUUACGACCUCUUUCAACUUCCCGUCUUCCCCUCGUUCCCCCUCUUGCCCUUUCCUGCCCUCCGUCCCUCCCUAAUUCUCCCCGUUGCUUCCCUGUUUUCCCAUAGAUGGCCUCUGUGUGGCCGUCUCCAAAGCAAACAUACGCAACCGGCCAGCUCUUUGCUCUAGUAACGAUGAGAGCAUCACAAGUUAUCACCUCUCAGUGAUUGCCUCGCUCCACUGUUCUUGUUUUCGCUCUCUAUUGGCCGCUUCGCUGUUUCCUGCUCCCUUUUAUGUGCGUACAUUUGUCCUAACGUACAAGAAUGCGCAUUAUUCUUCUCAUGAUUUGCAUCUCUCUUCUCAGAGUUUUCCACGUUGGGAAACUGACAACAAGAUCAGCUGUGAGCAGACCCUGCAGAAAGGAGAAGGACCAAAGACGUCCUGGACCCGAGAGAUCACUAAUGACGGCAAACUGAUCCUGGUAAAGCACCCUAUUUUCAGUGUAGUGUUUUGAAGUAAGGCUGCUAAAUAAUAUUUUUUCUUUUUUCCAGUAAAUGCAUCCUGAAAAACUUCCUGACAUGCGAUAAUACGAACAAUCAUUUUGUAUGCAUGCACAAAUCUGGCCUGUUAGAUGGAGCCCUGAAUACAAGGACCAUGCAGAUGCACCAUUAGACCGUCAAACACCCAGCUAGCUGCUAUUGUUCUGUGUUGGUUAAGUGCAUAUUUUUAACAUAGCUAACUUUUACUAGCUUUCUCUGCCUCUUUUGUACGGAAACUUUAGCACAAGCAGCAACCUGCAUUUACUUUAUUACUACAACAUUUAUGCAGGAAGAUUAAACUUUUAUUUAGUAUAAUUGUACCUCAAGUAAUGCCAAGAAUUUAACUAGCAGAGGACAAAAGUUUCUCAGUCAAGACUACAAAUGCAUGUUAAGGCAUCAGCUCAAAGUAAUAAAAUGUCUCUAAAGACGUAAUCAAAACAGAGCAAAUAAUUAUCAUCUAAGUGCUGCGUGAAGUGGAGGCAGACACAAACAAACAAACAAACAAACAAACAAACAAACAAACAAACAAACAAACAAACAAACAAACCACUUAACAGGUCAAGUUUGCAUUGAUUUGUUUCGCCCUUGAGUUUCCUCUGUGGAUAUUAUGAUUCCAAAUAGAGCAGAACCCAGCUUACACUUUGUGGUUUACCAGGACAGAUUUUGCCAAGCAUCAAAAAGUUUCCAUUAGACUCACGUCAAUCUGUAAACCAGUCCAGCUGGAUAUAUGAAUCCUUGACAGUCGGUUUUUAACUGAAAAGAUUUUUAUAAAAAAUGGUGCAGGUGUCCUGAGGAUGAGCAGUAGAUUCAAUCUUUCACUCUUCUUGUGCUUUGUAUCAACAAAAUGAACAACAGUAACUUUGAGUGUCUGUGUGCUGGCAGUGUUGCUUUAACAACCUCCUCUGAGCUCUUUGGCACAGUAAAAUUUAGUUGAAGUCAUUUUUUUGUUUAAAUUUAAUUUGUGUUUCAAUGAAAUUCAAAAUUACACUUUUACUGUGACGGUAAUUUAGCCCGAGUGUGUCCAAGUCUUGUCGUUAAACACCAGCUUUCUCCUCUUUUUUCAGACCAUGAGAGCAGACGAUGUGAUAUGCACCAGAGUCUACGAACGACAAGGAAGUUAAAAGGAACAAGAGCACUUCUCCCACUUUUUGUCUUUCCAGCCCGACCUCCUCUCCUGCAUCACCACUUGCAUCACCUGCAGUCUGUAGCUGUGUUUCAGUCCGUCUCUUAGCUUCACUUUGUUAAUAGUUCGGUAACAGUUUCACAUUUUGUAUCUUCACAACAGUCUUAGCUCCCUCCCUGUCUCUGCAGCUGCUUCAAAGGUGACCAGCUGGGUUUUAAAACACGGAUGUUGCGUUGUAUGGUGGAUUUGCUGACUAACAGCCUAUUCUUUUGUAUUGUGUGUUCAUGUAUGUGUGCAUGUGGGUAUCUGUGAGACUAUAUCUGUAGAUAUGUAAACCAAUCUAUGAGCUCUUCCUAUUUCAGGUCAGUUUUGAUGUGUCCUUCCACUUUGUUUCUGUAGCCCCACGACUUUAAAACUUUUUCUAUUUCACAGCCACAUUUUAUAUUUAUUACCUCACUAGGAGUCUGAUACAGUACUGCUAAAGUUUUUACUUUGUGUCCCUUUUAUAUGAAAUGUGAUCAUGAGAAAGUCCACUUUCUAUGGGAAAACAAUAAAGCAUGACAGAAACUCAGCUUG